GGUGAAGAAGAGAAAAAGAAGAAGAGAAGAAGACAAACGGUGGAAACUGAGGAAAGAAGAACGUUUGGAGUGAGCUCCUAAAGGUUCUGGGUGGUAGGGAAGAACUUCCAGAUGACUGGACUACCACAACAACGGUGAUCAGAGACAGGAAGGUGGAAAUCAGAAAGCAACAGAAACAGCAGCCAGUUACAGACGAAACCAUGAUUGACUUGAGUUUCCUGACAGAAGAAGAACAAGAGACCAUCCUGACUGUGCUUAACAGAGACUCUGAGCUGAAAAAGGCUGAGGAGAAACGAGUUCAAAAUCUAAAGAAGACCAUAACUGAUAAAAGAAAGCUUCGGUAUCUGACAGGAGAAUGGUUCUAUGAGACCAAGCAGCGUCGCCAUCAGGAUCGGAUCCAUGGCUCUGACAUCAUCAAGGCCUCAAUCAGACAAUCACUGAAACCCCUAACAAUUUUGGAGCUCACUCACAUCCUGCCUGCGAAGCCCAGUUUUGUGAGCAAUGAACAGACGGACAUGUUUGUUCCUCCUGUGCUCCGUGGACUCCUCGAGGAGCCUGAGGGACAGCCCAGCAGAGAUGGGAAUCAAAUCUACAAUAAUCAUGAACCUGUUCUUGAUAAAACAGUUUCACAGUCACCAGUGAAGAUGAGAAAAAAUCCAUUCAACACUGAUCUCACAUCUGAAGAAAAGAAAAAUCAAGUUGCAGAGUCCAGACUGUCACCUGACAGACUUAUCACCGCAGCUACUGACCCAAAAGAAAGUGUUGGCAUCGAUCUUGUUACUCWGGAAGCAUCAGUUCAAGCUGAAAAACCUGAAAACAAAGCAACAACAAUUAAUUCUCAGGAGACUUUUGCUAACAUGAAAGGCUCUAGUACUGUUGAACAGAUGGCUUUCUCCAAUAAUGUGCAAUCCAGUGCCACACAGUUUUCAGUCUCUGAAGAGGACCCACAGAGUCCAGGUAACUGGACCACUGAAAUGUGUGUUGACAGUAAGAAGGUUAUUCUCAGCUCGGACUGGCAGGAUGGAAGAGACCUUGGAGAACAUAGUUUGGUAAAAAUCAAACUUGCUGCCUGUGAAGACUACUCCAGUGACAGUGGGAACAAUAACAGUACUAGUACUGGUACACAAGAGCUUUUUCUCCGACAAAGUGCAAAGGACUCACAAGAAGGUGCCUCUGAGACAUGUGACUUUGACCCACUAAAUCCUACAGUGCCUAGUUUUGUUUUGAUCACAGAAGAGCCAUGUAAGCCCCUUGAUCCAGAGAAAGAACACAAAAAGGAUUGUCUUUGUCAAACUGAAGCUAAAGUCUGGUCAGAUAAACAUAACAUUUAUUAUAAGACAAAUCCUGAUAUGAAGCCAUCACCCACUGACAUUUCAACAAAUGUAUCUCAAGGUCUUGUGCCAAAAUAUGAGCAACAAAUGCUUGGAAUUUUUACAGGAAAAAAGGAGAAAAUUACCCAAGUUCACAGUCCACCCAAAAAGGAAAYGAAGAUUUCUAAACAGAACACCAAAGAAGAGAGCUACUCCAAACAUCCCACAGAUAUGAGCAACAAAAAUGAAGCAGAGCCAACUCAGAUGACAAAGCAGGACAAAUCAGAAGAUCAACCAACGCAUUGUUCAAGUAGAACAUCUCACCUGAAAAAAAGUUCAGAGGAUAAACAGGGUUUUAUUUUAAGAACUGGAGAAAAAGAAAAACAUGAUCCAACCAAACAAAUAAGAGAAUCCUUUGAUUACACUCAAACUAGCUCCUCUACCGCCCCACAGACUGAUUACAACAGGUUAACAAAUGUAUCUAAAGAUAACAGAACAUACAGAGCUAACCUUGUCCUCAUCCACGAGGAGACAGAUGAUCUGGUAGUAGAUUUAGGAACAGGAUUACAGAUUACUGAACCACAGGAGAGCAAAAUCUCUCCUAAACCUAAUAUUGCACUUAACGCUCAAAAACAGGAAUGGCAUAUUCAAGCUUCUCCUCUCACACAGCCCAGGUCUGCACCUGAAGAGAAGAGUUUCAGUAAGAUUGAUGAGCUAAGACAAUUUUGGGAGAAGGAAAAUACAGAGCCAAAAGUAAUCUCUACAAGAACGAAGACGACCUCGAGCAAAUCAGUGUCACAUUACAGUAAAGAUUUCCUUGAGUCUGAAACUGAGUCAAAAGAAAAGACCUUAAGUCAUAAAACAUUUCAACCUCCAAAAACAGAUAAGGAUAAAGAAGCCCAGAGGAGUCCAUCUAAGACCUAUCACCCUAAGGUCCUGCCUCUGGAAUCUUCCAGUGCUAAAAGAUCUGGAUUGGAUGGGUCUCCCUUUAAAACCUUUCCAAUAGAUAUUGAUCCUAAAACUAAAGAAGAACAAGAGGAGCCGAUAGAUUCAAGACAAAAGAAGAGUCCCUCACAUGUGUCAAAACAAACAAUUCAAACAGACAAAGAGCCUGAUGAUGAUGAUGCUACCUCUCCUCCUCCUCUGUCUUUAUUUUUAGUAGACAAAGGAACAUGUUUUGAACAUGAAGAUAUGCAGAAAAGUACAAACAACUCAACUACACAACAAUCAGAACAAGCAUCAGAGAACAUGGUUGAAACAAAUACGUUACUAGCAAGAGCUUUUAUCCCCACGGACCUUCAGUACUACCUCGGUCCAGAGGAGAAGGCUCACAGUCCUCAUUUUCACCAAAACAGAGCUGCAGACCGUGAGGCUGCAGACAGACAAGAAGAUCAGAGAGAGCUUCAGAAAAACCCAAGGUGUCAUCCGACUGAGAGGAAAUCUCAAAUUUUGGACAACGAAUUUGGAAACUCAAGCCCUGGAACAACAACUGGYAUGCAGCCUCUGUCUCCAGAAAAUUCAGGCAGUUAUGGUGACAUUUCUAGCCCUCUCAUUUCUGCACUAAAACGAUUAUCUUCACGGAACAUGUCUUCAUCCAAAAGUUUGGAAAAUCUCACCUCACAAACAACGUCUGCGCCCACCAAGUCAAGGACGAUGCCAAACAGUUGUUCUGCAUUUGAUCUUCAGAAGGAUGAGGUAGACAAUGACAUCACCUUUCAGAAAAACCCCAGCAGUUCUCUGUCUGACCUACAUCUCUCAUCAAGAUUGGCCUCCGUGUCAUCUAUGAGCAGCAGCAGGAGCAGCAUCUCUGCAGACAUUAACGUCCAAGGAAGCAUCCAGUUUGCAGUGAACUACAUUCAAAAGCUUGGAGAACUCCAGAUKUUUGUGGUACUCUGUAGGGCUCUGGCCACUGCAGACCCUAAAAAGAACCGUUCUGACCCGUAUGUGAAAUGCUACAUCCUUCCUGACAAAACUCAACUUGGCAAGAGAAAAACCUCAGUGAGAAAGAAGACAUUAAACCCAUCCUACAAUGAAAUCCUCAAGUUCAAAAUCCCGAUGGCUGAUUUGAAAUCACAGACCUUGAACGUCUCGGUGUGGCACAACGACUCUUUUGGGCGGAACAGCUUUCUGGGGGAGGUGGACCUGGAUUUGUCUGAGUGGGAUUUCAAUAACACAGAGAUCAAUGAAUACACUUUAAAGAGCAGGGUUCCAUCAGAAAUCCCAGCUCCAUCAACCUUACCUCUAGCAGGCAGCUGGGGGCAYAUGAGAGUGGCUCUGAAAUUUGUGGCACAGACAUUUCACAGCAAAAGUAAUUCUGGGCUYGAUGGUGGUGAGCUGAUGGUUUGGGUGAAAGACUGCAGGAACCUUCCUCCAGUCAGAGGAGUCGCCAUCAACCCAUUUGUCAAAUGCGUCGUUCUUCCUGAUGUGAGCAAGACAAGCCGACAAAAAACCCGAGUGGUAAAGAAGACAGCCAACCCCUUGUUCAACCACACAAUGGUGUAUGAUGGCUUCAGACCACAGGACCUCAGAGAGACCUGUGUGGAGCUCACAGUGUGGGACCAUGAGCGACUGAGCAACCACUUCAUAGGUGGAGUGAGGCUUGGCUUGGGAACAGGGAGGAGUUAUGAUGUGGAAGUGACAUGGAUGGAUUCAACGACAAACGAAGUGACUUUGUGGCAGAGGAUGUUCCAGUCUGUUGGUGAAUGGGUGGAAGAUGUUUUACCUCUGAGAAUGUUGGUGAUGGCAAAAGUUACGUCCAAGUGAUCCUGAAUCAAACGUGUUUAAACACGUUUACCUGUGGAAACAAGGGCAUAUUCUGAACUUUGCUGAAGCUUCAGCAAAAAUUUAAUUGUGUCAAAUUCUUAGUGUAAUUGUAUUAAUGAAUGUGCAGAUGUGGACAAAUUUGUCUGCACAUUUUUGUCAAGGAAAGAAAAAUCCACAAUAAUCACUGAAAUUAUUUGAAAUGGACAAAAAUUUUAAAAAGAAUGUGAAAAAUAAAUAAUAAAAAUUAAACAUUUUGGUAUCCUUAACAACAAAUUUUAUUGCACAACCUUUUUCUUACAUGGGGCUGCUGUGGCUGUUGUCCUCUAAGUCAGAGAGUAGCUGGUUCAAUUCCCCACUAUUCAGUUACAUGUCAAAGUGUCCCUGGGGAAGAUGAUGAACCCCGACUGCCUCUGAUGUGUUUGUCCCAUCAGUGUAUGAAUGUGAUUUAAAGCACUGAUUAGUCUCUAUAGGACGAUCUGUACAUGUUAGCUCUGUAGAGAUCUAAAGCRCCAUCUCCACCAGCACGCCUGUACGCAGUGUGUCUCCAUUAGUUUCCAAGCGCGCACAGCCAUGCUGUUUCAGAACCUCUUCCUGGAGAGAGAUACUUUUGUUUUGGAAUACGAGCACACAGAGCGAUACAACAUGAUGAAAGCAGUGAUAAAACCAUCUAACCUGUUUUCCUGUGUGGCUCCUCCCCCAGUUUACCCACCAGGACACCGAUGGGUCUUGGAGAGGAGACAAUGUCUCCUUCUUGGUUUGGAGGCGAUGGACCAGACUUACAGCCAUCUGGGGUGGCCUGUGUGGCCGAGUCCGGCGUGUCAGCAGCACAACAUCCCCAUUAUAAACAGUGUUGGUGCUGCACUGCUUCCCCCUCCUGAGACGCCGGAUGGUGGACCAGAAUCGUCUCGAAGCCGUGCAGCAAUCUUUCUCCA